GGCGCGCGCCAAGCUGGGGACUAGCAGGCGCUGGGGAGGGGUGCGGGUGGUUUCCAUGGGAUCCAGGUUUUUCCGCGACUCCUGGGCGUUAAGCCAGGCCCAGGGCGAGCCUUUCCCAAGUCAGCCACUCCCCACGCAUGGCUGCCUCGACCUCGACCUCGGCCUCGGGUCCGCUUCUCUCGGCGCCACACACAAACUCGGACACGCACAGCCGCAGCCCCCAGCCGAGAUCUAAGCUCCAAGCCCCCUUCCAGUCCACCUGCCCGGAGGCGCUGGAGCCCGCAACGCGGCUCGCGCCGCCGAGGCUUCUGGGAAUUGUAGUUCGGACCCCCCCCCAGCCCACAUGCACUUCCGGGUUCGGCCAGAAGCGCAGCCAUUGUCUCCCCCCCACACACACCCCCCUCCCCAGGCUCGGACGCUCGCAGUUGCAGCGCACCUCGGCCCUUCCGAGGGUCUCCCCGAGCGGCCUUGCGAAUACCGAGAUGGGGCGGGGACAGAACUAGCGUCACCGGAGUCCGUCGUGUGCAGAAUCGGGCUCAGGACCUCAGGCCCCUGCCCGUGCGGGAAGGAGAGCAUGGAAGAGCAGGAGGAGAAGCCCCCGGGAACCCUGACGGAGGCCUGUGUGCAGACGCUGGGUGUCUGGCGAGGGUUUUGUCUGAGCUGGGCCGCUGCCUCCAGGAGGUUGCCGUGUAGGAGGACCCACUUGCAAGGUCACUCACGUGGCUGUUGGCGAGAAGCCCCAGUUCCUCACCAGGACUCUCUCCUUCCUCAAGAGAUUAUCAUCAAGGUCGAGAGAGAAGAUUCAGGGCCAGUGGCCGUCCCAUCCCAGGAAGGCGUAAACUUCAAAAUUGUGACUGUGGACUUCACUCAGGAAGAGGGCAUUUUGAACCCUGCUCAGAGGACCCUGGACAGAGAUGCGAUCCUUGAGAACCACAGGGACUUGGUCUCUUGGGACUUGGCAACUGCACUUGGUAGAAGAGAAUCAACAUCAAAGCAGAGAAUUAUUGAUGAUGAACCAUCCCAUGGAGUGAAAUUAGAAAGGUUGACAAGAGAUGAUCCUUGGUUGUCUUCAUGUGAAGAAGUUUGGAUUUGUAAGGAUCAGUUGGAGAAGCAACAGGAAAAGCAAGAAAGACUUUUUAAGAAAGUGGCAUUCAUUCAUGAAAGAGUCUGCAAAAGUGAUGAACUUGAGGAAAAGAGUGGUCUGAAUUCCAGUUUUCUUUCACCCCAGAUGAUACCCAUAAGAAACCAUUUCCAUAAACAUGUCUCUCAUGUUAAAAAAUUACAUCAUUCUGUUGUGGACAGUCAUCAGAUGAUUAGUGACAAUGAGAAACUAUGUGAAAAUAAUGAAUAUGGAAAAAAAUCCCAGAGCAUUCACCUUAUUCAAUUUACAAGAACUCAAACAGAAGAUAAAUCCUAUGGGUUUAGCAACAAUAUUCAAUCUUUUAGCCAUGGUACACCUGUAAAUAUACAUGAGAAAAUACAUGCAAGAGAAAAACCCUUUGAUGUUAAGGAAUGUGGGCAAGUUUUAAACCAUAGCAUAUCCCAUAAUGAACAACAAAACAUUCCUGUUCAAUAUAAUUGUAGUAAAAUCUCUGAGAAUUCAUUUCUUGCUCCAAACAUGAAAAAUUCUGAAGAGAAACCCUUUGAAUGUAACCAAUGCAGGAAAUCCUUCAGCUGGAGCUCUCAUCUUGUUGCACAUCAGAGAACUCAUACAGGGGAGAAACCUUAUGAAUGUAAUGAAUGUGGGAAAUCCUUCAGCCGGAGCUCUCACCUUGUUUCCCAUCAGAGGACUCAUACUGGAGAGAAACCUUAUAGAUGUAAUCAGUGUGGGAAAUCCUUUAGCCAGAGCUAUGUUCUUGUUGUGCAUCAGAGAACUCAUACUGGAGAGAAGCCUUAUGAAUGCAGUCAGUGUGGAAAGUCAUUCAGGCAGAGCUACAAGCUUAUUGCACAUCAAAGGACUCAUACGGGAGAGAAGCCCUAUGAAUGUAAUCAAUGUGGGAAAUCAUUUAUCCAGAGCUAUAAACUUAUUGCACAUCAAAGAAUUCACACUGGAGAAAAACCCUAUGAAUGCAACCAAUGUGGAAAGUCCUUUAGUCAGAGUUAUAAACUUGUUGCCCAUCAGAGAACUCACACAGGAGAAAAACCCUUUGAAUGUAAUCAGUGUGGGAAAUCUUUCAGCUGGAGUUCUCAACUUGUGGCACAUCAAAGGACUCAUACUGGAGAGAAACCCUAUGAAUGUAACGAGUGUGGGAAAUCUUUCAACCGCAGUUCACACCUUGUUAUGCAUCAAAGAACUCAUACAGGAGAAAAACCCUAUGAAUGUAAUCAGUGUGGGAAGUCGUUCAGCCAGAGUUAUGUUCUUGUUGUACAUCAGAGAACUCAUACUGGGGAAAAGCCCUAUGAAUGUAGUCAGUGUGGGAAAUCCUUUAGGCAGAGUUCAUGCCUUACUCAACAUCAGAGAACUCAUACUGGGGAGAAGCCCUACGAAUGUAAUCAAUGUGGGAAAACGUUCAGCUUGAGUGCUCGACUUAUUGUACAUCAAAGAACACAUACUGGAGAGAAACCCUUUACAUGUAAUCAAUGUGGGAAAGCUUUCAUUAACAGCUCUAAACUUAUUAGGCAUCAGGCAACUCAUACUGAAGAGAAACCCUAUGAAUGUAACUAGCUUGGAAAUAUUUUAGCCAGAGUAUAUUCCUUCAUCCCUGCCUCCCUUCCAAGGAAGAUAUGUGUUAGAAAAAC